CCUCUGGAUAUCCGAAUAUGCGCUUGAAUCAACUUCUGAUGGGAUGUUUUCCUGAUCACCACCACUACUUGCUCAUUCUUCUUGUGAAAUUCUCUAGCUCCAACGCUACAAUUUCUCAAACCUGAAAUUAGUAUUGGGUUUCCAUAUAUAUAGCUAAAUUAAAAUUAUUUUAAGUGUAAGAGCUUCCCCAAUGACGAGUUCAAUAGAAGCUCAGAGGGUGGUGGUGAUCCAGGAUGCAUCAAGAGAAGUUAGUUCAAGCGCCGUGAGGUGGGCAUUGCAAGGCUUGUCACUUAAGCCUGGCGAUAUGCUCACUCUCCUUUCGGUUCUUCACCAGGUUGAUACCCCUAGUAAGUCACCUAAUGCAGGAACCAAAGAACUGCUGGGAUAUAGAAGUAAAGUGGAUUCCAAUUCCAUUUUGGGAGCCAAUGAGAAAAUUGUCAACAGAGAAGCAACAAGGAAGAAAGAAGAGUAUGAGAAGAAUGCAGAACUUGUUCAGAUAUCCAAGCUGUACCAAACACAGAAGGUUGAAUUCAAGAUACAGGUGGUAACCGGACAUUCACCAAAGGUGGUUGCUUUAACAGCAGCUGAAAAUUUGAAGGCAACAUGGGUGAUACUUGACAGGCAGAUGAAGAAAAACAGGAAAUAUUUCUUAGUGAAACUUUCAUGUGGGAUAUCGAGGAUGAAACGAAACAACAAGAUUGAGCAAUUGCGAGGACCAAAAACAAUAACAACCAACAAAUCUGUUGAGGAGAAAACGCGUAAAGACGUAGCGAGUUACGAUGAAAUGGUGCCUGGAUCCCCUGAUGACCUGUUCAGCAUUGAAAUUCGACCAAGUGUAACAGCUGACCCAGAGAACCAGGUUCAAGAAAUCACACGGAGCAUCAGCACUGAGGAAGCAAAGGAGGAGUUGGAAGCUAAUCAAACCUUUCAAAAUUCGAUGUGCUCACUUUGCAAGAAUAGACGACCGAAUUUCGGCUGGCAAAGGGACUUCCUAUAUGCAGACCUCCAUGCUGCUACAGAUGGUUUUUCAGUACAGAACUCUUUAUCUGAAGGUGGAACAGGAUCUGCCUUCAGAGGUCAGCUGAAAAGUAAUAAUAUGAAAAUAGUUGUUAAGCAGCACAAAAUUGUAUACCCUCAGGGAGAAAUAGAUUUCCAAUCGGAAGUCCAACUGCUCAUGAAAGCUAGGCAUAAAAAUGUGUUGAUGCUGUUGGGAUCCUGUGUAGAAGGGUGUCUGAAGCUGCUUGUAUACGAGUAUGCCUGCAAUGGUUCGGUAUAUAAUCACCUAUCAAAACAUUGCCCCUUGCCAUUGACAUGGGAGGAGAGGAUGAAAGUAGCAAUUGGUACUGCCAGAGGUUUAAAUUAUCUACAUGAAAAUGGCAUAGUUCACAGAAACCUGAGAACAAGUAACAUUGCUCUAACCCAUGAUUUUCAACCACGGCUUGGAGAUUUUGGGUUUACGUGGGAGCACAAAGUCCUUGAAACUUUGGGAUACAUGGCACCAGAAUAUCCUGGCAACUGGAAACUUUCUCUAGAGACGGAUGUUUAUGCCUUCGGAGUGGUUCUGCUAGAGCUGGUCACCGGCCGGAUGGUUACAGACAAGAUUCCAGGGGGGAAGAGUCUUGUGGUAUGGGCAAGACCACUUCUGAAGGAAAGGAGGCUUCUUGAGAUAGUCGACCCAAGAAUUUCUAACUCCCAUGAUGCUGAGCAACUUUAUUGGAUGGGGAGAGUUAUUCAGAAUUGUCUCAGCAAAAUUCCAAAGAAAAGAUUAACCAUGGACAAGGUGGUCUCUGCACUGGAAUGCAUAGCAGAUAGAAAAGCUAGGCAGCUAAGGGAAGAUCUUUAUGCAGUGAAAUCAUAUCUAGCUCGCACUAGGUCUGACAUUAAUGGGCGUUCGAGUUAUGACAAAAGAUUUGAAGGAGAAAUGGUGACGAGUAGAGAAUUUUAUGUAGAAAACCAAAUGAGCAGAUCUUUUUCUUUAACAUCUUCUUCAUCAAGAACAAGUACAAGUUUCAGCAGGAGCUCGUUUAGUAGUGUAAAGAGUGAAAAAUUGAAGCAGAGAGUACAAGCAGGAAUUGAAAUUCCAGUGUUAUAUGCAGAAAUGAACAACUAAUUAAUUAGACAUUUUGAGUUCAUCAAACAACAUACAUAUUUUAAUGAAAAA